AAAAAUUGUCUAUAGUUUUUGACCUGACGCUGUCAUGUCAACGAACUGAUGAACUUGGCGGUUUCAACAACAAUUUCGUUAGAAAAGCCAUAGAAAUGCCUCCAAAGAAACGUGAUAAAGAUAGUGAAACAAACAAAAACUCCAAGAUCGACCACUUACAAGCUGACCAUGAGCUAUUUUUACAAGCAUUUGAAAAGCCUACACAAAUAUACAGAUUCCUGCGAACUCGUAACAUGUUGUCGCCUAUAUUUCUCAAUAGAACACUAUCUUACAUGAAACGUAGGAUGUCUAGGAGCAAUAGAAGCCGUGUGGGAUUUAAAGUUGACUCAUUAUUGGACAAAAUAACCUUAAAGAAGAGCACUGAACUCCAGCCAAACAGUUUAGGAGGUUACAUGACACUGACGUUUCUAGGUUUCUAUGACAAAAGCCUGGAUGACCCUAGAGACUACCAGGUCAAAGUGGAGACCUUAUUGUUGAAAAUUUGUCAUAAGAAAAGAAAAGAAAGUUCUUCUGCUAUUGUUGAAGUCUCGGUUGGCAGUUGUUCUGUGCCGCUGAACCCCUCAACAUCGGAGCCCCCAGCAAUGGCGUCAGCGGUGAGCAUCUCUAGCGACACCUUCAGCCCAUCACAGGGCCCCAACGUGAAGUCUUACAUGCUCAUGCUGCGGGUCACCGUGACGAGGGCCUCUGGAGGCGCCACCGCUAACGGUGCAUCUAGUUCUAGUGAAAUUACCAAUGGAGAUUGUGAUGAACCAGUCACAAAAAGGCUCAAAGCGUCCACUUCAACGGACCAUCACAACUCCACUGACAGCAAAUGGACCAAACUCUACGGCAGUGAGUUGAUUGUGUACGACAAACACAACCGCUGUCUGCUCACUAACGGCGAGUACGACCUGGUUCUGCAUGAUGCGACCCCUGGCGGCAGGAGCGCGACUAUCGCUAGAUCACCGCAUAAAGCGCUGAUGGCUCAGUGGGAGACUAUACCUAACGAAAAUGACCUUCACACAGAAACAAAUCCUUUUGACAUAUUCAAAGUGAGACCUCUCCUAAAACUAAAGCUUAGCUGGAGCCAGGAGCCAACUAACGGACUGGUGAACCGACCUAAGCUGUACCAACAGAACAGCGAAACUAACGGACACAAGAAAGAAGCUGGAAGUAGCAAAGACAGACAUUCAAUGCAGAAAUGUAGCACCAACGAUGUUAAAAAUGGUGAGAAGUCAAAGCCAGAGCCUGCAGACGGCGAGGCCAAGCGACAGCAGAUCAUCUACCAGUUCCUAUACAACAACAACUCGCGGCAGCAGACGGAAGCUUGCGACGAUCUACACUGCCCCUGGUGUUCAUUAGACUGUGGCACCUUAUACUCGCUGCUCAAACAUCUCAAGCUGUGCCACUCGAGAUUCAACUUUACGUACUUUCCAAUCCCCGGCGGCGCGCGCAUAGACGUAUCAAUCAACGAGCUCUACGACGGCUCCUACACCGGCUCGCCUCACGACCUGAUCGCGGGGGCGGGCCGGGGCUCGCGGCNCAUAGUUUUGAAGAUAUGGAGGUGUAUUGAAACAAUGACAUUGAGCUCUUCUUGCUUUAAUUGGCUUUCUGUUACUGGGUACUAUUUUGUGUUGAGUAAACCAGUCACAAAAAGGCUCAAAGCGUCCACUUCAACGGACCACCACAACUCCACUGACAGCAAAUGGACCAAACUCUACGGCAGUGAGUUGAUUGUGUACGACAAACACAACCGCUGUCUGCUCACUAACGGCGAGUACGACCUGGUUCUGCAUGACGCGACCCCUGGCGGCAGGAGUGCGACUAUCGCCAGAUCACCGCAUAAAGCGCUGAUGGCUCAGUGGGAGACUAUACCUAACGAAAAUGACCUUCACACAGAAACAAAUCCUUUUGACAUAUUCAAAGUGAGACCUCUCCUCAAACUAAAGCUUAGCUGGAGCCAGGAGCCGACUAACGGACUGGUGAACCGACCUAAGCUGUACCAACAGAACAGCGAAACUAACGGACACAAGAAAGAAGCUGGAAGUAGCAAAGACAGACAUUCAAUGCAGAAAUGUAGCACCAACGAUGUUAAAAAUGGUGAGAAGUCAAAACCAGAGCCUGCAGAUGGUGAAGCCAAACGUCAGCAGAUCAUCUACCAGUUCCUAUACAACAACAACUCGCGGCAACAGACGGAAGCUUGCGACGACCUACACUGCCCUUGGUGUUCUCUAGACUGUGGCACGCUAUAUUCGCUGCUCAAGCACCUCAAGCUGUGCCACUCGAGAUUCAACUUUACGUACUUUCCAAUCCCCGGCGGCGCGCGCAUAGACGUAUCAAUCAACGAGCUCUACGACGGCUCCUACACCGGCUCGCCUCACGACCUGAUCGCGGGGGCGGGCCGGGGCUCACGGCCCGCGCCGGGGGCCGGGGGGCCAGCGGGCCCGGGGGCCGGGGGGCCACGCGCGGGGCCCACGCGCCGCACGUCACUAACGCACGUGCUAGUGUGCCGGCCCCGACCGCGCCGCCGGCCGCAUAGACACAGCCUGGCGGAGUUCUUGGAGCUGGACGAUAGUGAGGUGGUGGAGGCGCAACGGCCGUAUCUGACGGGACAUAACAGACUGUACCAUCACACAAUCACCUGCCUCCCAGUCUACCCCAAUGAACUGGACAUAGACUCGGAGAGCGAGACCGACCCGCUUUGGCUACAGCAGAAGACCAUGAUGAUGAUCGACGAGUUCACCGACGUCAACGAAGGAGAGAAAGAACUGAUGAAGAUGUGGAACCUCCACGUCAUGAAAUACAAUUACGUAGGCGACUGCCAGAUACCGUUAGCCUGCCAAAUGUUCCUCCAAAUGAAAGGGAAGGAACUACUAGAGAAGAAUCUGUACAGAAACUUCGUGCUCCACAUGUGUUCCUUGCACGACUUCGGGUUACUAAGCCCAGUAGCGCUGUACCAAACGGUGCAAAUGCUGAACCAAAUGUUGGCGGAUAAUGCAGAAGCCAAAGAGAAGAUGAGAGACUCGCUUAAAGCGCAGCGUGAGCAUUGGAACGCGGUGGGUAAGUACCAACAGCCCGCCAUUAUAGAGCAGAAGCCGCAAGCCACCACGGCCAAGCUUAAUAACGUAGAGGCGUCACCAUCGGUCCGACGGAAAACCUCUAACCUACAAAACGCUAACAGAAUGGCCAGCGCUGCCAAUAACUUCAAUAAGUCAGCCAGUCCUGGACCGAGUCACGUAGACACCAAACGUAAAAUGUCCUCCGGCAGCAUCCAAAGUCGCAAACGCUCCUCCAUAUCGGAACGAAAGAGCUCCGUAUAGCAUCUGUUUUGUGUCAAACGCCACAGACUGACCUCGACCGAGGCUCCCAAGUACAACAAAAAAGUAUUUUAAUUGAUUUUUAGAAAUUCCCGAUGUCACUUUGCCACCAAUUGCCACGACGCGAACUUUAUUGACCACAUCGUUUUUAAUUACCUUAUUUUAAUCUGUUUAAGUUAUUUGUUGGCAAAAUGUAGAAAGUUAUUGUAGUGCUAUGUGCUAGAUGUCUUUCAAUGUCCUAUUAGAACAAAAUUUGUUGAUUUAAAUGAUUAUUAAUUGUCGUGUUUGUUAAGAUUUGGUAUCAUAUCAAUUGACUACUUUUAAUUAAAUGAAUUUCGUAGCGAAUUGUCGCAAAUACAAUUGUAUCCAAAACGCUAAAAUUUUAAUUUUAAGUAAACAAAGUCCAUGUAAUGGAUACCAGUAGGUAAGUUGAUAAAUUAUGGCUUAUAUUAACAUAAAAUAGUUUUUCCUGAUCUUAGAUCUCUUGGUUCACUUGCACGAGUUUCUUUAAUCUAUAGUUACGUAAACUCUGGGGUAGAUAUAUCCUUCUAUAGCUGUCAGUUAGUUUUAUGUUGAUAGAAACAGAAUGAUGUUAUAUUCCAGGGGUAGAUGUCUCGCAAUCCUGCAAACAUACAA